AUGUUCUCGACACGCCCCAGUCUACUGUUCUGUACAGCCGUUGGGCUUCUGUUGGCCCCAGCGCUCGCAGCAAAUGCAACUGCCAUGUCAUCAAGCGGCUGCGUGGACCCGUCUGGCUUCGCAUCUUGCCUUGAGUCCGCCACUAUGCAGGCGGCCACCUGCAUUGCGGAAGCCGGCGGCAACGACUAUCUGGUCAUUGGAUGUGGCUGGGAGCAAGAUGUCAAUAAUCUCUUGUGCUAUAUGAGUGGCUGCUGGAACAAGGUGUAUUCUUGUGAAUAUCAAUACCUAGCAUCCAGCUAUCUUAUCGCACGCGGCAAAGAAACCAUUCCCUUUUACCCAGCGCCCCAGGAUGCACCGGGUGGCUGCUCCUGCAACAUGGGGAACGUGCUGCAGAAUGCGACGGCAAGCAUUGAGCUGAUCCAAUCAAAAUGUUCGAGCUAUGAAUUCUCCAGCACAACCAGCCUCGCCGAGUUUUCCCUUGCCAAUAAAUACUCACACAAGCGGCGGUGUAGCUUCUACGGGAUCUGCCCCACCACAGAGCCCUCCCAACUGGGCCUUGACAAACUCGCGAGUGAAGUGAAGGCAUACACAUCGUUCACCGGAUCCUGCUCUAAUUUGGAUGCCACUACAUGCUUAGGCGGAUUCAACAUUGGAUCUGCCGACAAUGGCACCUAUGUGAACCCGGCCAGUCUUCCUGCUGGAGGAACCGAAUUGCUCAGUACAACAACCGGUGUAGGGUAUCCGCUGACAUCGCCCCCGGGAGGAUGGACGAUGACCGUCACUCUACUCAGCGACGCACAUACAGUUACCGCUGCGAGCUAUAAUGCGAAGAAUGUGGUAACGGAGACCGCGUCGACCUCUUCUUCUACUUCUUCGUCGUCGUCUUCUUCUUCUUCUUCUGGCUCGGGAAGUAAUGCCAAUCCUCUCACAGGCAAUUCAGGCCACUCCGGUUUUAUAACCCCGUCGAUUAACAUCUACAUCGGUAUACUAUUUGUGGCCGUAUUAACCUGGCUAUGA